UGGUAAAAAAAUUGACAAAUUGUAAGAUUAAAUAAGUCGAAAAAUUUGCAAUUCAAACAAUCGAAUGAAUUUUGUACGUCUAUACUGACAAAGAAAUACAAUGCACAAGUGAAUUUGACGAAAAACUCAGUUGAAGAAUAAGUGAACUCAAAAUGGAUGAUAUAGAUAGCAUUUGUUAUUAUGUGUUUGAUUCAAUAUCACGCAAUGAUUUGACCGCUUUGCAAAAAUCAUUAAAAUUGUAUCCGGAUGCAUUGGAAUAUAUGGAUCGAUUUUCAAACACGCCAUUACUGUAUGCCAGCUAUUGUGGUCGAAGUUGUCUGGUUCGUUAUUUGUUUGUAUUGGGCGCCAAUCAUCAUCGUAUAAAUAUCUUUGGUCAAAAUGUAUUGUCGUUAGCUACAUAUUCCGGCGAUAUUGAGACGUGCAAUGUAAUUCUUACGUAUGUUGGUUUCGAUGAAUUUAAUGCAACUGGCAUUUUAUCACCGUUAUGCGUGGCAUCACUUCAAGGAAAUAUCGACAUUGCGAAAAUCUAUUUGACACUGGAAAUCCAAGACGAAAACCAAUUUGAUUGUCCAAGCGCCUCACUGCAUGGCAUUUGUCCGAUGCAAUUGGCCCAGUACAGAGGUGACAGCAACAUGAUGAAUUUACUACGUCCAAAACAUCAAUUGCAUCUAUUCAAAACGCAAAAUAUCCAUUAAUAAUUGACCACACAGACGCACAAAUUUUAUAUUGUAUCAUCGUUUGGAUUUUCUACAUCUUGUUUUUUUUUUUUUUUUGACGCUUUAUGACAUUUGAGAAUUUUCCAUUAAUUAAGUAAUAAUGUGAAAGAGACAUAGCAAAAAUGCUCGAACAUUUUGCAUUGUCAACCAAUAAAAUUUCAUUCGGGAUUUCAAUUGAACAUAUUUGUACAUGACAAUCGCGACACAGCAAGCACUCUCUCGCGCGCACAAUUGUAUCAAUUUAGACGAAUAUAGGCUAGAAAUAAAAUAAAGAUUGAACGCAUUGAAACAUCUGUAAAUAAGAUUAAUUUUGAAACACAAAGACUCAUUAAAUAAACGAAUGCUCAAAAAUUA